GUUAAAUUUAGUUUUAAGUUUAGAUAAUCAUGCCAGAAUCGACACCAACGUAUAUAGGUAUAAUCGUAUACCUAAUGGUAACUCAUGCAUUUAAAUAAAAUACUUGCCUCUCUUUCUAGAUAAUUGUCAACUACUGAUUAAUUAAAAUUUAAUAUCAUUGUAAUAUAACACAAAAUAAAAUUAAGAAUCUUAUCUUAUACAAAUCGUAAUUUUUUUAAGCUCGCCAAGCCAAGAAAGUAAAAUAGGUAUAGUAAUUUUGGAAGCUUUGGGCUUACCCUAUUCUGAAGCCAUGGGCACGCCCCUGGUGUGUAGGUUUUACUAAUACAUAACAAUUGUUUUUCAUAUGAUUAUCUAUUCUGAUUUUGGCUGCGUGCAAACAUUUUAAACAAAAAAAAUAUCUUUGAUUCGAAAUUGCUUUUGAUUUGAUACUUCUUACAGCGCUAUUAAAAUAUAGAAAAUGUUGGAAUGGCUGAUAUAUCGGAUCGGAUAUCGAUAUUUACCUGCCCACAUUAUAAAUAUCGAUAUUUCGGAAACCUUUGCUCCCUUAAUUAUAGGUUUUUGCUUUGCAAACUUAAUACAAAGCAAAAAAAAGAAAAAAUAUCGAUAUAUCGAUAAUAUCGAGUUAAAAUGGUCGAUAUAUCGGAUAUCGAUAUUUUCCUGACUUCGAUAUAAAUAUCGAUAUUUCAAAAGACUUUGCAUCCCUACCUACAAGGUAGGGUGGUCCUCUACGAGGGGCCCGACGGGCGCAUCCGCUCGCGGGCCAUGGCCGCAGGUGUACCCCAGGGUUCAGUGCUGGUUCCUCUGCUCUGGAACCUGGGGUGCUGCGAGGCAGCCUCCUUCCGGGAAUGGAGGUUGUCUGCUUCGCCGACGACACUCUUGUCGCGGCGAAGGCAAAGGAGGUGGAGGAUGUGGUGCGUCUAGCGUCGGUCGGCACCACGAUGGUCGUCCGACCCAUCCACCUCCUGGGCCUAGAAGUGGCCCUCGACAAAUCGAGGCCAUGAUGUUCCAUGGCCCACGCCGCAGCACCCCUCCGGGGCUCCGUAUCCGGGUGGAAGGGGUCCAAUACCGGUUGAGGGAAGCAUGAAGUACCUCGGCCUGGUAUUGGAUCUCCGAUGGAGUUUCGAGGAGCAUUUUAAGCUCCUCACUCCACGGCUGUGUGCCGCUGCAGCCGCACUCGGCAGGGUCCUCCCGAACGUGGGGGGACCAGGUGCUGCGUGCCGUCGACUGUAUCACGGGGUGAUACGGUCGAAGGCAUUUUACGGAGCUCCGGUUUGGGCUGAGUGCCUCAAACCCCGCACGAGGGCCCUCUUGCGACGUCCGCAGAGGGUCAUCGCGACCCGGGCGGUGCGAGCGUACCGCACGGUCAGCCACGGCGCUGCCUGCGUGCUCACAGGCGUGACGCCGUGGGACCUCGAUGCCCAGAUUCUGGCAGAAAUGCAUCGGGGUCGGGUCGAGACCAGGCUGCGGGGUGAAAGACUUGCCCCAGCAGAGUUGAGGCAAGUCCGUUCCAUCGCCGAGAGCGAAGCCCUGCGCCGAUGGGAUGAGGCACUCGCCCAUGUUAGCGCCGGCCACCGGACAAUAGAAGCGAAGAAGAAGAAUUCGUCCGGUGUUGGAGGAAUGGUUGGGUCGCCAGCGCGGCGGCCUCACGUUCCGCAUGGUGCAGAUCUUGACCGGGCAUGGAUGCUUCGGUCACUAUCUGCACCGUGUCGCACGUCGGGAGGAGACGCCGCAAUGUCAUCAUUGCGGCGCCCCGGACGACACGGCCGAGCACACCUUAUUGGAGUGCCCGGCCUGGCGACACCAGCGCCGCGAGCUCAUUGCGGCGCUGGGAUGCGGAGCCCUCUCGCUGCGGAGCAUGGCCUCCACCAUGCACCAUGCUCCACAGGGCAUGGGAGGUGGUCGCCUCCUUCUGCGAGAACGUUAUCUCGCAGAAGGAGGCGGCUGAGAGGUGUUCGGCCAAACCUUUUUUAUAACUUUUUAAUAUAAACACCCUGGCACCUUUUUUGACGUGUUUUUAAAUUUAUAUUUUUAUAUGUCAGUCUGUAUGUCUGUUUGACACUCCUUUUUACUUACUUGUGUCUGCAUAUGGCUUGUGUGUUUAUUUUAUAACUCUCAUAUAUUAUAUAAAAUAUCUUGUAGCUUAUCCACUGUGUGUGUUUUCAUUUCUCUUCUAAGUAUAAUAGGCUAUGCGCCCAGAGUGCGCAGAAGAAGCUACAAUGGAGAGUUCCACAAGCCGUGCCCCUGUAGUAACCGUAAGCCAGAAUUCAUUUCCAAAGCUAACCGGACGUACAAAUUAUAAUACCUGGAGCUUUGCCAUGAAAAUGACCCUCAUUGACGCGGAUCUCUGGGAAGUCGUGGAGAAGCCAUCUUCUUGUGCGGCUAAAUUGACGCAAGAAGAAUUUCAACGCCGUGAUCAACGAGCAAGGGCUAAAAUCUCUCUCCACAUCGCCGAGAGCAUUUACCCCUUAGUGAUGGAAUGUGACACAUCUGAAGUGACUUGGAAUGCAUUGAAGAAAACGUAUGCAGAUAGCAGUCUAAGUAGACGUCUGUCACUCUUAAAGAAGCUGUUCAAUGCCAAACUCGAGUCAUACCCCAACAUCGAAGCCUACAUCAACGACAUUCGCAACACACAACAGAAAAUAUCUGCCAUAGGGAAGGCAAUAGGUUUGACAGAUGAGUAUCUACCAAUGGUGAUGGCUAUAGAACACUCAGGCGCUACUCUUACUUCGGACUACGUCGCAACAACGCUUCUCAAAGAAGAUCAUCGUCGGAGCAACGCUACGGUUACCAAUAAUGUUCUUGCUACUACUUCGAAGAGUUCGAAGAUCGUGUGUACAUAUUGUAAAAAAAUAGGACACCACAUUUCAAAGUGCAGGAUACGAUAUAAUAACUCUAAAAGGAAUAAGGGCACCGGUGACUCCAAAGCUAAUUAUAUAUCUAAUUUUACACUUUUAUCAUCUUUCACUUCAUUUACAGGCCAACACUCCCCUUCUUUAUCCCAGGAUUGGUACAUAGACUCAGGAGCCACAGGGCAGAUGAGUUGUUAUAAGGAUUGGUUUAUUGACUACAAACCUCUCCGACAACCAUUUACUGUAGCAAAUAAGGAAGUUGUAUAUAGUGAAGGCAAAGGUACUGUUUCUGUAAAUAUUGAUAAUAGUGUAGUUAAGAUUUCUAAUGUUUUAUAUGUGCCUCAACUUUCGACAAAUUUAUUAUCAGUUAGGGAAUUAGUUAGUAAGGGUUUUGUAGUUUUUUUUUACCUAAAGGCGCAAGAAUUUUGUGGCAGAAGGAUUGUAAGGUGUCUGGUUCACUAGAGGGUACUGCUUCGAAUUUUGGAGGCAUGUACAAAUUAAAUACCUUACCCACCACUAAUCGGGCAUAUCAAGUUCAUAAUAAUGAGCCCAUUUUUCUCUGGCACCGUCGUUUAGGUCAUUUGAACACAAAAUACCUCAGAAUGGCUGGUCACCCUAAAAAGUAGUUUAUUUUGUUUUAAUCGGGGGUAGCAACUAUUUAACGAUUAGUAGCAAUUAGAAGCAACUAGGUAGCAACUUUCUUUAAUUAUUUCGAUGUAAAAUAUGGGUAGUGACCGGCCAUUCUGACGCUCACCAAAAUUCUAAAAUGUAAACAAAUCGGCAUUAAUUUCUCUGACAGGUUAGAUAAAAGUCAAAGUUGCGUUCCGUGUCUACAAGGCAAGUUGUCAAAAAGACCUUUCAAAAGUUCAGGAAGUAGGUCUAGUCAAAAACUAAAUGAGUUUACAAUCAUGGGGUGGUUGUCUAUACCUACUAACAUUCACUGACGACUUCUCUCGAAAACCUUUGGCUAUUUAUUAAAAACCAAAAGCGAAGUUUUUACGAAGUUUGUAGAAUUUAAACACCUUGUGGAAAAUCAAACGGGCUUUAAUAUUAAGGCACUCCGAUCCGACAACGGUCGUGAAUUUGUAAAUAGGGAAAUGAUCACUUUUCUUAAGGAGAACGGCAUUAAACACCAAUUAUCCGUACCUUACAACCCUCAACAAAACGGUGUUUCAGAAAGGGUCAACCGAACCGUUAUUGAAAAGGCAAGGUGUAUGCUGCAGGAUGCCAACCUUCCUAAGGCUUAUUGGGCCGAAGCUGUAAAUACAGCUAUUUAUUUAAAAAACCACUCGCCUACACCGGCAUUGAAUUAUAAGAUUCCUGAGGAGGUUUGGACUGGCAGAACCGUCAACAUUUCUCAUCUGAGAGUUUUUGGGUGUGUAGCUCACGCAUUAGUCCCUCAGGAGAAACGGACUAACCUAGACCUGAAAACUCAGCCAUGCAUUUUUGUAGGCUACUCUGACGACUGCAAGGGUUAUAGGUUAGUCGACUCAAAUAACCCUCGAAGAAUUAUGACUCGAGAUGUAGUUUUCAUGGAAAAUAAGUUUGUCGACAAUGGUGAGUUGUCCGAACUCACAAAUCUUGUUGACCAACCACUAACCACAAUCCAAAUUUCUACACCCGAUCCUCCUUCAGAUUCCGUUCCCGGUCCUUCGACAAUUAAUGAUGAGAUAGCGGAAUCCCAGUUGUCUGAGCCAUCAUCUCCUGAACCGAUUUAUAUUGACCCACUAUCCCCUGAACCCAUUUCUAUCGUCCCACCCUCUCCUGAACCCAUUGAUAUUGCCCCUUUAUCCUCUCAAAUUUCAGAUGAAUCCACGUUAUCCUCGCCGCGUGCAUAAGCCGCCCGAACGGUACGACGCAGGCGCUUACCUUGUGUCUCCAGAUACCGAACCUGAAAACUUCAAACAGGUAAUGGAUGACAUACACAAGGAGGACUGGCUGAAUGCUAUGCAGUCGGAAUAUUACUCUCUGAUCAAGCAUGGCACCUGGGUUUUAGUUGACAGGCCCACUGAUAGGAAACCUGUCAAAUGUAAGUGGGUUUACAAAAUUAAGAAAAACACUAAUGGGGAUAUUGUCAAAUAUAAAGCCAGACUUGUUUCUAAAGGGUUCACACAAGUCUAUGGCGUUGACUACGGAGAAACAUUUUCUCCUGUUGCUCGGCUGUCAUCCAUUAGACUUCUUCUAGCUAUCGCUGCUAAGUUGAAUCUUGGUGUCGAACAUCUGGACGUCGAAACAGCGUUCCUUAACGGCGAUCUAGAAGAAGAGAUCUACAUGGAGCAACCUGAAGGUUUCUUUACCGAUGGCAACAAAGUCUGCCUUCUGAAAAAGUCUCUGUACGGACUCAAGCAAGCACCCAGACAAUGGAACAUCUGAAAGUCUGCGAAGCCAUGGCAAAACUGUCACUGACUCGAGCCGAGUCCGAGCACUGUAUUUAUUACAGACGACACAACGACAAACUUAUUAUAGUCACCGUUUUCGUGGACGAUUUUUUUGUUUUUAGCAAUUGUGACGUCAUGGCCAAUUCAUUUAAAAUGGGCUUAAAACAAACUUUUUCUAUUAAAGAUUUAGGAUCCGUUAAAGAUUGUUUGGGCAUGCGAGUUACCAAAAGUACUGAUGGCAGCAUUGGUCUCGACCAAACCAAAUAUAUAGAAAAAUUGGUUGAGAAAUUUAAUUUACAAGACGCGAUACCUAUAACAACUCCUUUAGAGCCUGGACUUAAAUUGAUACUACCUGAGAAAGAUGAUGAGCAACCCGACUUACUGUAUCAGCAGCUCAUCGGUUCUUUAAUGUACAUCUCCAUUGGCACAAGACCUGAUAUGAGUCGUAUAGUAUCAAAGGCGGCAAAGUAGGGCGAACCAAAUAUUUGGCAAAUCAAAAAAAACUGUUUAGUCUCGUCUUUAAGGGAGGAUUUUUAUAAUUGACAUUUCACAACAAUUUGUAGUUAUGAUGAAUGUCAAUGAACAUAAAAUCAUUGCGCAAAAUGAACCACAGGCACCAUAAUAAUAAAAUAAAUAUUACUAUAUUGCCGCCUUUGAUAGUAAAUUAUUAGAAUGACCGAUUUUGAACCAAAGCUUGGCAAAUAUGGCCGCCUUUGACGCGAACUAAAUGUUAUGAUAGCAGAGUAUGAACAGGGUUGUCAAAAUUAAAGUUAGUUAUAUUUAAUUAAUAUUUUUAUUGAAAAUUAACAGAAAUAAAGAACAAAUAAUAGACCAAAACUAAAAUCAUAUUAUUAAAAAUAAAAAAUAAAUAGCGACAACACAGUCGGCUACGCUGACGCCGACUAUGGCUCUAAUUUAAUAGACCACAGGUCAUACACGGGGUAUGUCUUUACUUCAAGUGGCUCUGCCAUAUCCUGGGAGUCAGGCAAAUAACGCACAGUCGCACUCUCCACCACUGAAGCCGAAUAUAUGGCCCUUGGUGAAGCCACUAAGGAGGCCAUAUAUUUAAGGUUUCUGGUGCGAGAUGUAUUCAACCUAGACUACCCAAUAACACUUUACAGCGACAAUCAAAGUGCCAUACAACUCACCAAAAACCAUACUCAUCACUCACGCACUAAACAUAUUGACAUCCGGCAUCAUUUCAUUCGAAAUUCCAUAGCCAGUUAUAACAUUAUUAUUAAAUAUAUUUCCACUGGCAGUAUGGUCGCCGAUGUCCUUACUAAGGGCUUGCCUAACAUAAAGCAUGCGAAAUGUGUAAAUAGUUUAGGUUUAGCGUAGUAAAUUGUAUAUAGUAGGGGCAUUAUGCUAGUUUAAUUUAUUUUCGGAUGUUAGUGUUAAGAUGUGUAAAUAGUGUGUUUGUUUUUUUUCCUUUUUAUAUGAGUUUGUGUUUUUGAGUUGUUCUUGUAUACAGAAUAUGUACAUAUACAGGGUGUUCAUAUAACGGGGAGGUGUUCGGCCACUUUGCCAGAGCGCGACGCGCACUAUGAGUGUGUAACGUCUUCGCCAGACGUGCCAGUUGGAGGGGAAGGUAUUCCUGCUUCUGUAGGCAAUGUCAGUCAGCGACCUGUUCGAUCUACUCAUUGUAACAUGCCCUCAAGGUAUAGAGAUUAUGAUUUUGAUUUUUUGCUCAUGGUGCAUGGAACAUCUCCACUUGAUGAACCUCAAACUUAUGAGGAAGCCACUACAUGCACGGAAAGUGAUGAAUGGCAAGCUGCUAUGAAGGAAGAGUUCGACUCUCUUCUAGCAAAUAAAGUUUGGCGAUUGGUGGAUCGACCAACUGACAAACAUGUGGUAAAAUGUAAAUGGGUCUAUAAGAGAAAACACGAUUCUUCGGGUAAGUAUGUUAAAUAUAAGGCUCGAUUGUUUGCCAAAGGUUUCACACAAACCAAAGGUAUUGACUAUUGCGAGACCUUUUCACCCGUUGUUCGGCACUCUACUUUGCGAUUAUUGUUCUCUCUCGCAAACGAAUAUGAUCUACAGAUAGACCAUAUCGAUAUUAAUACCGCAUUUUUAAAUGGUGAACUAAAAGAGACCAUUUACAUGGAACAACCUCCUGGCUUUGGCGUUGGGGAUGACAGAGUGUGUUUGUUGUUAAAAGACAUUUAUGGGCUUAAACAAGCCAGUAGGAUUUGGAACCAAAAAGUACAUACUUUGUUAUCUAACAAUGGCUAUAGUCAAAGCAAAUGUGAACCAUGUGUGUAUAUUAAGAAAUAUAAUAAUAAUAAUUUAAUAAUAGUGGCACUGUAUGUCGACGAUUUUUAUGUUUUUUACUCUGGUAAAAAUGAUUUGUUACCAUUAUUAGAAAGUAAUUUUAAUGUUAAGAAUUUGGGCGAAUUAAGAAAUUUUUAGGCAUUAGAAUUACUAGAGACAAAUCAAAAGGUAUUCUAAAAAUAGACCAGUCAGAGUAUAUUAAGAAACUCCUUAUUCGCUUUGGUAUGGAGAAUUGCAAACCAGUUGCAACUCCCAUGCCUGUAAAUUGUAAGCUUGUAAAACCAGAGUCGGAUUCUGUUUGUGAUGAAAAAUAUCACUACAGGCAACUGAUGGGGUAUUUUAUGUAUUUAUCUGUGUGUACUCGACCCGAUAUUUCAUUUGCCUGUAGUUAAUUAAGCCAGUUUAAUACUUGCUUUGACAUCACUCAUUGGCAAGCAGCUAAAAGAAUAUUGCGUUAUUUAGCAGGAACAAUUCACUUCUCCUUAUCUUUAUAUAUAUAAUUCUUCUGUGAGUGUGUAUGUCACUGAACUUCUCUUAAACGACAGGACCGAUUUUGAUGAAAUUUUUUGUGUGUGUUCAAGGGGAUCUGAGAAUGGUUUAGAUUCACAAAGACGUGUAGACAGGACAACGUCUGUCGGGUCCGCUAGUGUUUUUAUAAGAGUAGUAGUAAAUUGAGUUUAAUUGCUUUUACUGACGCAGACUGGGCCAAUGAUCCCAAUGAUAGAAAAUCUUAUACAGGUUUUCUUAUAAAGCUAGGGCAAAACGUAAUUAGCUAGGAAUCUCGGAAACAACGUUGCGUUGCUCUCUCAAGCACAGAGUCUGAAUAUGUAGCGAUAAGCGAUGUGUGUAAGGAGAUCUGCUUUGUUAAAAAUUUCAUGUCAGAAAUAUUGUGCAUGAGUUUAAAGAUAGUUUUAUAUAAUGAUAAUCAAAGUGCCCAUAAAUUAUUACAACUUAAAGAGUACUGUCAUAAGCGUACAAAAUAUAUAGACUUAAGAUACCAUUAUGUUAAGGAACUGGUACAGAAUAAUGUUGUGUCUAUUAUGUACUUAAGCACUGAUAAAAUGAUAGCAGAUGUACUCACGAAACCAUUGUGUAGUUCUAAGCAUGCUGAGUUUGUGAAAUGUAUGAAUGUAAAAGUUUUAAAUUUGUAACUCAUUGUUAAUGCAUAUAGAGAUUGUAGAGUCAUCAUGUGUAUAGUGAACUAACUAUUGUGUAGAGUCAUUACAGAGUCCUUCUAUUUAAUGUGUAGAGUUUCACAUGUAUUGCGGGAGCAUAUAAGGGGAAGUGUUGAACAUGUAUAUGCUCUCUUGCAUUAGCAUUAAGUCCAUGGUUUAUGUUGUGUAGCCAUAGACUACUUUUUAUAUAGAGGUAUUGUCUCUGCCCUAAUCGUUCUCUUGGAAAAAUGUCGUCAUGUAGGAAUUUUGCUGUUGCAUUUAGAUCGCUUGCUAUCCAUGUUAAUAUUGUUUAAUUUGCAUCGUAUAGUGUUAAAUAUUACCGAUUCAUAUUCCUUGCAAAGUGUAAUAUUUGUAUUUGAGAAUACAAGCGUAUACUUAGAAAAGUGUCUGCGUUUCAAUUGUCGCCGCCGCCACCACCUGCUCCAGUACGAAUUGCUUUUAUGCCUUUGUGGAUUUUGACGUUGUCCUUCACCACUGCCAGCUCUCACUGCUUAUACAAAAACAAAACCAAAACGUUUGUUACGUUUUGGUUUUGUUUUAAAGGUAAUAAUAUUUUUUUAAAACAGGAAUCAUUUAAUGUUCCCUUUUGUUUAAUUUAUGUUUACAUUUUAUGCUAUACUUUCUGUUACAAUCAUUACGACGCAUUCGCGUUUAAGAAUAUAAUAUAAUAAAUUGUAUUAAAAAUUAGACUACAAGAAAAAAAUUUUUCUUUACCUUCAACACCCAUUUCUCCAGCGAUGUUUUGCCAACACCUAUCAACGACAUUCCUAUUUGCAUGGUUCUUGUCUCUUUUAUCCUAUACAGCAGGGUUAAGAAAAACUUUCGCGAUAAGCGCUUCUAUAUUCAUUGUGAAUUCUAAAAUAUAAAGAAACAAGAGAAGAUCGCAGAAAAGAAGCAAGGCACUAAAUAAAUGUUUGUAUACGACACAACCGAAAAAAACGUUACUUAUAAAACUAUAACCUGCAAUAAGGGUUACCAACUUCAGCAAUUUAGGUUAGCAAUUUUUCGAAGCGUUACUUCUAAAAAUAUAGUAGCUGGCAAAAAAAUAGAAAAAAAAAAAUAGGAUGUGGAUAUAAUGGUGUCGAUUUUGGAGUGAUUCUCUAAACUUAAAACUAAAUUUAACAUCAGUCCCUCUUUUCAUUCUGUAUAGAGAAUGACAAGGAUACACUUUUGUCAAAUUUAAAUUUAGAUUUAGAGAAUCAUGCCAAAAUCGAUACCAAUAUUUACUUUAUUUUUGAAAUAAAUAUAUUUGUGUUGCUCCUUGCCUUACUAAUAUUAUAAUAACAAUCUCCGAUAAUUUUUAAGAAAGCUUUUACUACAUAUUUUUUAGAAAUAUAGUAUUUGAUCCCCUAAUAUAGUAUUAUACUAUAUUUUAUAGGAGGGUUGGCAACCCUACCUGUCUGCAGUCCGAGCGGCGCUGGUGAAUUCAGAAUCUAAACAUUCUGAAUCUGAAUCUGAAUCUGAAUCUGAGUGCACUCUGGCCGCACCCUAUGGGUCUAAUAAAUAGUCUAUAUCUAUGAUCAUGCAUACUCUAUGGUUCCUUUGGUAUACUUAGAAAUAAACAGUGUAGUCGAAGGGUACGGCCAAAGUGCACUCCUGAUUCAGAUUCAGAUUCAGACUCAGAAAACAAAGCGCGAGAAAAAGCAGGCAACCUGUUUAGACUACACUGUUUAUUUCUCGCGCUUGUUUUCGAAAUCUGAAUCUGAAUCUGAGUGCACUCUGGCCGCACCCUUACUUUACUCUUUGCUCUAUGGCGACAGAAAAAUCUAGAUAGGGAAGCGUAUAGAAAAUUUUGACUGCAAUAGCAAAAUAAAUCAUAAGUCCAUGAUGGAUACAGAUCCACUGAUUUCGCAAAGAUUUCAUUGACCUGCCAUGAAUGAGCGCUAUUUCUUCCUUUGGAAUAUUUUAUCGCAGUCUAACUGCAGGCCAAUUAUGCUCGCUAAUUGUGAUAUUGUUUUGAUGUGAAUUUCACUAUACGUAUUAUGCUCUCCGAAAAAUGCGAUAUCAAAAUGACAUCAACUAGACAUUAACUUAUGCGCGUAUUAUGAUCAACUCUUUAAAAUGAUGUCAACUUGAUAUCAACUUAAAUGCGUGUUACGUUCAACUUUUUGACUUAAAAAAGUAUCGCAUAAAUAUCAAAAAUGUGAUACAGGAUAUGAUAUUGAUAUGAUCUUGAUGUGACAUAGGAAUGUUUCUGAUUGUAAAAAAUAUGAUAACUUAAAAUUAGUAACAUAAAAGCAUUAAAUACUGGGACGUGGUGUUAUUAUACUAAAUUUUUUUUUAUUAGCUAUAUUGUCGUAAAGUAAUUAAACAUUGCCUAAAAUAGGCGAUUCUUUAAAGAAAAUAUUAAAAUUGCUGAUGGAACAAACUGAAACCUAAUAAUUAAUUCUAACUAUACAUGGCUGAACAUUUGGGACAUUUUCAUUUGUUCUAGCAAUUUGUAGUCUCGCAGUUAAAACUACUUAAUUAAAUAAAAUAAAAGUAGUUUUACAGACAUUCGCGUAUUUAAAAUACUAGCAAAAUUAUACAUUUUGCAAGGAAAAGAAUGAAAUAUGGGAGUAUUAUUGUAUUUAUCAUAAAAAAAUUGCUAAGUCAUUCAAAAUUAUAAUUUUUCGGCGGCCUUACCCUUUUAGUAACAAAGCGAUUGGCGAUUUUCUUUUAGAAAACGUAUCAUUUUGGGGAAAUAUAAAAAUUAGUAUGGGGGAAUUCAUAAAAUUGCAUCUGGCAACCCAGAUAUCUGGCACCAACUUUUAUAUAAAAUUAAAAUACCGUAAAAGUCAAAAAUCAAAAUCAAAUCCUGUGAUCAAAUCCCAAUAUUAAUAAAGUGUAACACCGUCAGUAUUUUAAACCGUAAAAUAAGUGUUUAAAACAAUGUCUUUUUGUUUUUCACGAAUUGUGGCACAAAUAAUGAUACAAAAGCAACACACAUCGCCAUCAUUGAGGUUAUACGCUAGGUGGGUGAAAAGAAAUCCUGCAAAAGUUAUAUUGCCAUUUGAACCUACUGUUAAACCCAGUCUCCGAAAGGAAAAGGUUAUAAGUUUAGAUCCGGGAAUAUUAUCGAAAUCUAAAGAAACAAAAUGUUCUAAAGAACAGAAAUAUUCUGAGAUGCCUUCUACAAAGCCGGAAUUAAAUGAUCAUGAUGAUAAAGACAAAUCUACACACAUUUUGCAGAAGAAAUUCAAGGAAAUUAAAUCUAAAAGAGAUGAAAAGUUAAAAAAACGGUUGUUUUACCUUAAUCAAAAGAAAGUAUUUGAUGAUGACAACGAGUUGAUUUAUGAAAAAUUAAAAGAAAAUGAUGGUCGUAUCAGCAAUCUCUUGGUAAAAUUGAAGUCUAAAAAAGAUCGACAAAAUACUGGGCAAAUACUAGUGGAAGGAUGGCGUAUGAUUGUUGAUGGCUUGGAAGCAAAAUGUAAAUUAAAGUAUGUGAUAUUUAGUCAUACUGAAGAUUUAAACAAUCUAAGACCAUUCUUACCUAAAACUGGAGCAUUGUUAUAUAAAAUACCUUACAAAGAAAUAUCAAUAUGGUCUGAUGUUGAAACUUCUUCAGGAUUGAUAGGAAUAUUUGAAAUGCCAACUCCAGAACAUGUGAAAAGGUUAGCAAGACCAUUGCCUGUAAACAUUAUUUGUGAUAACAUAAGGGUACCUGGUAACCUGGGAGCAAUACUACGAGUUGCUGUGGGAGCUGGAAUUGAAAAAGUAUUUUUGACGAAAGGAUGUGUUGAUCUUUGGGAUCCAAAAGUAAUAAGAAGUGCAUCUGGUGCCCACUUUCGAUUACCAGUUUAUUCUUCUGUAAGCUGGGAAGAAAUGCCAAAGUAUUUAGAACAAAAUAGUUCAGUACUUAUUGCAGAUAGUAAUGCAAAAGUAAUUUGUGACAAUUACGAUCAAGUGGAAAUAAUUGAUGAUCUACAGGAGAUGCCAAUCCCAGUUGUGCCAUAUUAUGGAGUGCAAUAUCAGGAUAUGAAGCAUAUAACUUUAAUAAUUGGUGGAGAAACUGAAGGCAUAAGUGAAGAGAGUUAUUUAUUUGCAGCUAAAGGAAAUGGUCUGAGACUUAACAUACCUCUGCAAAGAGGUAUAGACAGCUUGAAUACUGGUAUGGCUGCUGCAAUUAUAGCAUUUGAAAUCAGGAAGCAGUUUUUAGAAACAUGGACCAAAGAUAAAAUAGAAAGACAAGCUUCCCAUGUCAGCUAGGCCUUCAGAAAUGUUAACGUUGUUUAAGUUUAAAUGGUAUUCAUUAUUAAAUAUUGAUUAUAGUUCCAGUAUAUUUAUUUUAUUUAAAAAUCAACCAUUUCGAAUGAGAAGUGUUUCCGAGGCAUUUGUUAUUUGAUUUUGAACUAUUUGUGGUCUUUAUAAAAGCAUCUAAGGCAUUGUUUUAUUUUUAUAAAACAGAUUAUACACAAUAUUGUUAUAUUGAGUGUACCUACAUGCAGCUUGUUUGAAUGUCCAAUAGUGACUACAGUGAAUCGUGAUCAUCCACUACAAUUUAAGCGGAUAAGCCGCGAGUGCCUUAUCUUCCCUUUUUGUUUUAUUCUAUGCUAUUGGAACAUACCAACAUUUAUAAAAAAGAGAAAUGGAAAAUUAAUAUGAAACAGUUAAUUUUACCAGUUUACAAUAUGAAGAUCUGAAAUCUAAAAUGGAGGAGAAGAAAAUUAUACUUAAUAUCAAAAUUAAAUACUUACAAUGAGACAGUACUGAGUUCUGUUAUAGACUUGACUUCCCGACUGAACUUGGUAGAACAAUAUAUGCGCGACACCAAUUUGGAAAUUAAUACAAAUUACAAAACCAAUGCAUCCGUGACACCAUUCUUGUUGCAGUUAUCAAUCAUAUUAAGAAAAAUCCCGUCAACAAACUGAGUUCCCAACAUCUGGGAAUUGGAGGACCUCGCAUUCCAGUAUUUGUUGCAGUGCACCUUACUCCGACUGAAAAGUCCUUGCACGCUGCCGCACGAAUAAAAUGUGAAAAGACAAGAACUACAAAGUGUGGCUCCGAAGUGGUCGUAUACAUGGAAGAAAAUAUAAAUCGAGUGAAGCACUACUGAUUCUCGAUUCGAGCAGUAUAAUUUAUUGACUGAUUGUACACAACUAUUGAAGGUGUAAAUAACUGGACUGCAUUAUUAUGAAUUAUUUUGUCAAAGUUUGUUCUGUAUACUGUUGGCGUGUCAUAAAUAAAUAAAUAAAUGUCAUAUUAAAAUUUAGUAAAAAACUUUAACUAGCUCUGUGGUGCAACACACACUUUUCUUGUACUUAUUUAGGCAAAGAUAUUCAACCAAAGAGAAAAGAUUAAAUUCUUAUAAUAGAAUUUUUCGUUAUAUUGUCAUAGUAGAUCACAUACAACUGGAA